AUGGAGUCUCAAGAGGACCAGCAGCCUGUAAUCAAGGAGCCCUCAUUUACUGUCGCGCAUCAGAAGGUCGAGCUUGAUGUCUAUUUCAGCCAACAAAUCAGCGGAAAGACCGAGAUCACCAUCUAUCCCGAUUCCACGGACCUCCAGGAAAUUAGCUUGCAUGGUCGACAAUGUACCAUUAAAAAGGUCUUGAUCAACGGCAUUCCGCCAUCUUCAGUACGGCAUGACGACCCCUGCGAUCAGCUUACUCUCCAUUCCCAUGGCUCGGUCUAUCAGCACCAUUUUCUGGCGGAGAAAAUAGCGAGGUCGGUUGGUCCAGAGUUGUUACCGGAUAUUGUCAUUGGUCUGCCGAAAAGGUUGAAGAUCGUGCCAGUCACAGUUGCAGAAGUGCACACUCAAACUGCUGGCUCCGUCCAAAUCACAGAUCCGCUGUCUCAAGGUCCUUCCGCUACCGAGCUCACACAAGCGCUGUCAGACACUACUGCCGCGAAAUUUACCCCUCUGACGCUGGUGAUCGAAUUCGAGUCUUGCCAUGCAAGGGAGUCUCUCCACUUUGUCUCCGGUAGGGCGGGGAGCGGCCGAUGGCCCCACGCAUACACUCGAGCCAAACUGGGAUCUGGCGGUGCCUCGGCCUUGUUUCCAUGCGUGGAUGAGAUCAACAGUCGAUGCACAUGGGACAUCUCUAUUCAGUGCCCAAGGACCGUGGGCGAUGCCAUCAACCAAGCCGUGGCUGUCGAUGGUGUGCGCCGCAAUCGAGCCGCAGCCGCUAAGGAUUCAUCUCGCCAGAGCUACGAAUCCAAGGAGAUGGUCGUAGUUUGCUCCGGCGAGCUUAUUGACGAGAUAAUGGACAAGAAUGAUUCUACUCUUAAGACCAUGUCUUUCUCCUGCUCUCAACAAUUGGCGCCGCAGCAGAUCGGAUUUGCCAUCGGACCUUUCGAGCAGGUCAAUUUGAGCGAACUCCGAGAUGCACAAGAGGUUGCUGACAUCGGUCGCAAUGCUGUUGAGAUGCUUGCGUAUUGCCUACCUGGACGAUCUGAAGAGACGAAAAACACCUGCUUGCCCACCACCAAAGCUAUGGAUUAUGUCGUCCAGAAGUACAUAUCCUGCCCUGUCAAGUCUUAUGCCAUGUGCUUUGUCGAAGAUGCUCCAUCCGAUGUGUCCAUCUUUGCCGGUGUAACAAUCUGCAGCACUCGAAUUCUAUAUCCGGAAGAGGUCAUCGACCCCGCGCAGGAAGUCACGAGAAAGUUAGUGCAUGCGAUUGUCUCUCAGUGGAUCGGCGUCAAUAUUGUUGCCGAAAACCUUCGAGACAAUUGGGUCAUUGUAGGAGGUGCCUAUUUUAUCACCAACCUCUUUAUGAGGGAACUCUGUGGAAACAACGAAUACCGAGCUUAUAUCAAGCAACAGGCAGAUCGUGUUGUGGAACUGGACUACGAACGGCCUUCAAUUUACGAAUUAGGCGCCGUAACCUACGUCGAUCCUGCAGAGGAUGAAUUUUUGGCCACCAAGGCUCCAGUCGUACUCUUCAUAUUGGAUCGUCGUAUUGCGAAGAGAGAGGGCACUUCCAAGAUGCCCGGCAUCCUGGCAAAGCUGCUUACGAAGGCUCGAACGGGUGAUCUAGAAAACAACGCGCUCUCGACGGAGCUGUUCCAGAAGACUACUGAACGGAUGGGCCACGAAAAGAUUGAUGAUUUUCUGGCUCAAUGGGUCAAAGGAGCAGGAUGCCCUCGUUUCUUUGCCCAGCAAAGAUUCAAUAAGAAAAAGCUGGUUGUGGAAAUGAGCAUCCGGCAAGAACAAGCCUCGCGUGAAACAGUGCGGGACCUUGAUCCCAAAUUCUUUAUACGAGAUGCUCGCGACGACUUCUACGGAGUGUGGCCUGCAACCGCCCAACCAGUAUUUACCGGGCCGAUGACGAUUCGAAUUCAUGAAGCGGACGGCACUCCAUAUGAACAUAUUGUGCAGAUCAAGGAUGCUAACACUGUCAUGGAAGUUCCCUAUAACACCAAAUAUAAGCGUCUUAAAAGAAGCAAGAAGCAGAGGGCUCGAACUAACACCAAAGUUACUAGCGAACAGGCAGAAGAGGACAAUGACUCUCUCGUCUACUGUCUGGGCGACGUGCUCCAGACUGAAGAGGAAAUGGCCAACUGGCGGAUAAAAGAGUGGACUUCUGACCAGGAAGACAGAAUGAACUCCGAAUCCUACGAAUGGAUUCGAUUGGACGCCGACUUUGAGUGGAUUUGCACUAUGAACCUCGCCAUGCCUGGGUACAUGUACGCAUCCCAGCUCCAACAAGACCGAGAUGUUGUAGCGCAGAUCGAGUCGAUCCGCACGAUUUCGAGAUAUCCACCUGACGCAACCACGUCCUCAAUUUUCGUCCGGACUUUGAUGGACCGUCGGUAUUUUCAUGGUGUUCGGGCACUAGCGGCAAAGGCACUCGUCAGGCAUGCCGCCGAAGAAGUCGACAAUAUCGGGUUGUUUCAUCUGAAGAAGGCUUAUGAAGAAUUGUAUUGCAUUACAGACCAAGGCUCAGCCAUGACACGACCAAACGAUUUCUCGGACCAACUGUCCUACAUGUUGCAAUGUGAGAUCAUGGAAGCCAUUGCGAUGGUUCGGAAUAGUCAAGGACAUUCCCCGAAAGAGGCCAGAGACUUCUUACUGGAGAAGUUGAAGUUCAACGAUAAUUCGGUAAACGACUAUUCGGAUGCAUACUAUGUCGCUCGGCUGAUGAAAGCGCUGACUGGCGCGGCCAUCGCACGACCCCGGUACAGCGAGUGGGAUAUUGCCGAAAACUUUGAGAUCGAAGACGAGAUCCAUGAUCUGAAGGAGUUCGAGCGUCAGUUUCUGGAUGAGAUCGACCGGUACCGUAGAAUGGACGAGUGGACAAGCUCAUACCAGAACCUAUAUUGUCGAACUGCAUUGGAGUGUCAGGCCUUGCUUGCUGCAACGGGGAUAGGGCAAUUCUCGCCCUUGCAUUUCUUGCAGUACACCAGGCCUGGCAACUACGAUAUGCUUCGACAAACGGCCUAUGGAGUCCUGAUCACGCCAAAGAUAUUCGACAACCCAUCUAUCCUACGCUAUGUGUUAUACUGCAUGGUGGCUGACCCGUCACCCUACAUACGGCAAAGUCUCCAGCGUGCCUUUGGCAAGGUCCUGGGAAGACGAGCAAUUGGCGAGAAAAGUAGCAUGACGCAACCCGUCGCCGAUUCUCUGAUAAUUGAAGGAGCCGCAGCUGGUGCCGACGAACCUUCUAAGCGGCAAGAGGAGCUUGCCAGGCGGCAGACGUUGGGAGGCGCGGUGAAAGCAUUGAGGGAGGAUCUAGGCAAAAAUGGUCCUCUUCAAUCGGCCCUGUGGAAUGCUAUCUGUUACAAUCAAAUUACCCUGGAGGAUUUGCAACCUUUGCUGGACUUUUGCCGCUUGCUGUAUGAGCCCGUCAACGAGAUGAAAGUCACACUACGACUGCCUCGAUACUGGAAGGUUCAGAAUCUAGGAAAGGUGAGUUCUGCUUCAUUUAUUGAAAAUGCUUUUUGGAUUUUCGAGUUAACGCCGCUUUCACUGUUGCAGGGCAAACUCAAGUUCUUCGAGACGCGCAAAGUCCGCAGCAAGCCCGUGCCAAAAUGGCAGCCUCCACCCCCUCCCAUUGCUGUCGUGGGACCUCGUCCAGAAUUGCCAAAAUCGCGACCAAGUAUCGGAGGCGGAGGCGGUUUGAAGCUGAAAUUGAAGGUGGGCGGCAGUAACAAGGACGUUCAUUUCCAGGGCCCGAAUCGUAAGCCUUCGAUUGGGCUUCCAAAUCCUGCACCGGCGCCACCUCCAAUGCCCCAUCAAACCAAGCCAGCGCAGCAAAAGCAGGCUCCAAAGCCGCAGACACCUAUCGGGGGACCGGGCCGCAUCACUUUGAAGAUUCCGAAGAGACCAGCUGGAGGUGGAAGUUCCUCGCAAUCUUAA